AUGGCUCCCAACGGCAACCCCAAGGCGAGGAACGGUGUUGGUGCCGUCCAUGGAAAGCCCAACACCCCUCGGCGCGUCGUCCCUGCCAUCCCGCUCCCCUUGGAUCGUCGCGUCAAGGCCAAUGCCGCCGCAAAGCAGGCAGCCGCUGCCGCCGCAAAGCAGGCAGCCGCUGCCGCCGCUGCCUCUUUUUCUCGACCCGCCUUGACUAACGGCUCCUCCCUCAGAAUCCAGAACGACGCCGACUCUUUGCCUCCCACCCCCAAGACCGCCGAGCCCAAGAUUGCUUUCCGAGAAGACGAGAAACCCGAAGCCGACGACAACGCUCCCGCUGUUUUCGGACCUGAUUCGGAAGGAGGUGAUGAUAUGAAGGAGCGCGAGGACUCCCAGGAGUCUUCUGCCGCCAUCCCUACUCCUUCCACGACCGAAGCGUCUGAAUCGACCGACAAGCCCGCCGAACGCGACGUUCCCACGUCUGCUGAGCAUACUCUUCGAGCUUUCCGACCCCCUCCCGUCAUUCCUCCGAACCGAUACAACAUGCCUCCCGCUGGCCACAACGGUGCUCGCCCUUCUGCUGUCGUUAUCAACGGCACGUCCCACCGAGGCCCUCGCUCAGUUCACAACGGCCCCCCGCACAUGCAUGGCCCGCGCCAGAGCAACGGCAGUCUCCAGUUUGGCGGUUUUGCAUCCAACUCGUCUUCCCCGGCCCCUCCCCACUCGGGAGGCUUUAUGCCUCCUCCGGGCGUGCCUCACCCUGACGGACGUUCGUUCCCUGGCGCCGCCAAUGGCUAUCACCAUCAGAUGCCCUACGGUACCGAGUUUGUGCCUGGUACUGCCGUGGACGGAUUCGGUCGACCGCUCCCAGGCUACACGGGCAUGGAGCAAUACCCUCCUCCCAUGACCGGUUAUGGCCCUUCGACCCCCCACAGCUUCCAGGGAUCGCACUCUUCAGUCCACGCCGACGACCCCGGCGCGUACAACCACUACCCUGCGCCCGGUAUCCUCAACGGCACCGCACUUGUCGAUGACGCUCGCCCUCACCCGCCUCCGGCCGGAGCCUUCGGUGGUCCGCCUCAGCGGAUGAUGCCUGGCCCAAUUCCGCCACCGCACAUGAUGCACCCUGGACCCGAGCACCAGGGCUUGGAUGAUAUGGCCGCAUACCUGCGAUCGCAGUUUAGAGACACUGCCUUUGCCGACUGCACCCUCGAACUGCGCUACCUCGACGACCGCGCCCCUCCUGUGCGACUCCCCGGACAUCGUCUUGUUCUCGCCAGAAGCCAGGCAGUCCGGAACGUUCUAGAGUCUGACGGUUUCGAGUCGAGUCCGCCCGGCGCCAACCGCACCAUCUUGUUGCAGUCAGAUGACAGAUAUCUACGCUCUGAUGCCUUUUGGAUGGCAGUCCAGCACCUGUACGCCUUCCCGCUGCUCGACUUGCCCGAGCCAACUGCCAACGGCUCCUUUACUUUGGCUGGCAGUGCCGACGACCGCUUCGACUUCGCUCUUGGAUAUGCCGCGGCUGGACACCUCCUUGGAUGGCAGCCCAUUGUCAUUCGGGGCUUGGAGAUUGCCUCACAUUCCCUCAGCUGGUCGACAAUCGAGCGAGCUCUCGAAUUUGUCCUCGGUGAUGUGCCCGGUCGGGCUUCGGCUGACAGACACACGCAGUUCGCUUACGGCGAGCCUGUUCAGAUCUUGAUGAACGGCGUCAUCUCUUUCCUUAUUAACAACUUCCCGCCCGAUUUCACGCUGGACACAUCUGUCGCCGAUCCGGAGCAAUUUGCUCGGAUUCCGUACGUGCCCGCGUCCCCUGCCGCCCGCGAGGGAUCGCCAGUGGACCCUCAUGGACCUGCUGUGCAGGACCGUCGACCGCGCGCUAUGCACAUACAGUUCGGUGAUUUGGCACUUGGUUCAGACUCCUCAUCCAAGGGUCCAGAGUCGACACCCCGGUCUAGCAUCCGAUCGACCCUCUCAACAGUUCUCAUCAACCUCCCGUUUGCCUACUUGAAGCCUGCUCUCGAGUCGAGCGGCUACGGCAAUGUCAAUGGAUGGGCCAGCAUCGAGGCGCGGCACCAGAUCAUGCGAGAGGUUGUCAACGAGCGAGAAGCAAGACGACUCAAGGCUAUUGAUGCGGUCAGAAGUGGUGCGGUGCCGCAUGCCGAAACAGUCUUCUACGGCCUGCAGAGCGCCGAGCCUCGCCAGAGCGAGGAGUGGCAUGGUCUGGGCUGGCGCGAGGACGUGGUCUCGUACGUCAAUGGCGACGCGCCAUCUCUCGGCCGGCAGUGGGCGCCGCUGAUGGCGCAACCGAACGGCGUCGACCAUGCGGAGAAGGCGAGUCGCCCGGCCUAUCCUUGA